AUGAACCAAAAGAAGGUGAUUGUUAUCUAUCAGUGGCCAACUCCUAAGGGGGUACUAGAAUUAAGAUUAUUUUUGACACUCAUGAAUUACUACCAUAAAUUCAUUUGA